AUGACGAGCGUACAGGACAGCCUCCCAACGUCGCUGCGGUCAUGGAGAGAUAUUGAACCAAUGUGCGACCCGCAAUGGUCGCAGCCAUGGGAGGCUUUGCGUCCCAUCUUCAAGACAGCAGGUUACGAACUAUACCGUGCGAGGGGGCUGGGCAAGCUCAGUACUCCUGAUACGGAAACAUCACCGGCCGUUGACUCGUUCGGGCUUUUUGGAGACCGGAGCAACUUCCAGAGUCAAUUAAUACCAUUUGCCCAAGUGUUUGCUGCUCGAGAUAGCCUGAACCGGGACGUUGUCAUUAAAGUGGUUUCAAAAGGAAAGGAGGGAGAAAAUGAGCGACAAAUAUUGCAACUGCUAAACUCCGAGCCUUUGCGGUCUCAUCCCGCCAACACAAUCGUUCCGGUCCUUGAAUUUAUUGACUAUGAAGACUUCUGUUUUGCAGUUAUGCCGUUCUGCAACGGAAGUGACGAUUUUCCUUUUCUGAAUGCAUCAGAAUGUCUCGACUUUGCUGAGCAAGUGUUGAAGGCUCUUUCCUUCCUACAUGAACAUCGAAUAGCACAUUUGGACAUAUCUUCGGAGAACGUUAUGGUGAAUCACCACGGAACUUUACCAGAAGCUGUCAUCUUUGAAGAUGGGAAAAUAUACAGGAUAUGUCCUGUUCCAGAGUGGCGCUCCACCUUUUCCGUGCGAUACCGUCUUAUGGACUUCGGCUAUUCAGUGCACUUUAAGGAAGAUACGCCCCUGUCUAUGUGCACUAUACUCCCUUUCCCACAAGGAAGGGAACACAGAGCACCUGAAACUCUGGGAAAGACAGCGUACAACCCGUUCGCAGCCGAUGUAUAUCAGACAGCACGCGUCUUCUAUGGGCUGUUUUCGGAUGUGGCGAACAGUGUGCCCGAUCUUCUGAAGCUACUACAAGACAUGUCAUCUUAUAACCCCUCUCGUCGGAUCACCGCAACAAUGGCAUUGGCGCGACUACGUGCAGUCUGUUCCACCAUUCCUGUUGAUAUGUUGCAGGAGGAGCAAGAACGCGAAAUUCUCUCAUUUCCAGAUAUUCCGAGGAGUAAUCUGAUUAUGUUUCGCGAUAUCGUCGAGACAGGAAACUGCGCUUUGGCGUGUCAAUUUGCAUGGGGUCUGUUGAAAGCUUGGGUCCGGAACAUCGUCGGGGCUAAAGGAGAAAGGGUAUAA